UCACACUCCAUUACUACUCCAAUCUCCAGUAGUUCCCCCAUUCAGAACCUCAGCUAACUCCAAUCUUCUCUCUCACUACGCCAUUAAUGGGGAGGGGGGAAGCCUUGUUCCCUUCUCGUCUCCGUUUUUCUAUUCCAUUCUUUUUCUAUGUUUUAUUGAUAGCGUACCAGGGAUUGGCGGCGUCGAUUGGGAUCAACUACGGCCAGGUUGCUGACAAUCUGCCUUCGCCGGAGGAUGUGGUGCCGUUGGUGAAAGCCGUCGGGGCCACCAGGUUGAAGCUGUAUGACACGGAUCCUAAAGUGCUCAAAGCUUUUGGCAACACUAAUGUGGAGUUCAUUGUCAGUGUCCCCAACGAGUACUUGUCUAAAAUUAAGGAUCCUGCGAAAGCUCAAGCUUGGGUUAAGCAGAACGUGCAGGCGUAUUUGCCGGCGACCAAAAUCACCUGCAUCGCCGUAGGAAACGAAGUCCUGACCUUCAAUGACACUACUCUCUCCGGCAACCUGCUCCCGGCAAUGCAGAGCGUUCACGCCGCUCUGGUGAGUCUCAACCUGGACAAGCAAGUGACGGUGACAACCGCGCAUUCUCUGGCGGUGCUGGAGACUUCGUAUCCGCCGUCCGCAGGGGCGUUCCGGCGAGAUCUAGUGGAUUGCAUUUGCCAGAUCCUGGAAUUCCACGUCAAAACCAGCUCGCCUUUUCUGAUCAAUGCGUAUCCCUAUUUUGCGUACAAGGCGAAUCCGAAGCAAGUGUCGCUGGAUUUCGUGCUGUUCCAGCCAAAUCCAGGGAUUGUUGAUCCCGUCUCCAAUCUUCACUAUGAUAAUAUGUUGUUUGCUCAGAUGGAUGCGGUUCACUCUGCUUUAGAUUCGCUAGGGUAUAAGAAUGUGUGCGUGCAGAUCUCGGAGACGGGAUGGCCGUCUAAGGGCGACGCCGACGAGGCCGGAGCGACGGAGGACAACGCCAGGAAGUACAACUGCAACCUCAUGAAGCUCAUGACUUCUAAGAAGGGAACUCCGAUGAGGCCGACUAACGAUUUGAACAUCUACGUCUUUGCAAUGUUCAACGAGAACAUGAAGCCCGGCCCGACCUCGGAGCGCAACUACGGGCUCUUCAAGCCCGACGGAACCCCAGCCUAUCCUCUCGGAAUCAACCUCAGUACAAACAUUAGUUCAGGCGGUUCCGGAACAAACUCCGGAGGAUCUACGCCGUCAACGUCGUCCUCUCCACCGGGAACUUCUUCCACAGGCUAUCUGUCCAUUUCUUCGGAUUCGGCGAGACAAAUGCUGUGCAAGUGCAGAAGAGUAGAGAUGUUUUUGCAGAUUGCAGUAUCCAUUAUGUUGCUCACCCAAUUAUUGAACAGAGUUUAGAAUUUUUUGUGUUCAGAAAUCAGAAGACAAGGAAGAAGGGGGAGGAGAGGAAUAAUGUGAUUCCUGCACUUUUACGGGACUACUUUACUUUUGGAAUCAAUUCUCAACAGCGGGAGGAUUAUUCUUUUGUUAUUACUAUUAUUAUUAGAAAGGAGUAUCAUUAUUUUACUCUGCUGUAUUAAUUAUUUGUUUUGCAGACUCACUUUUUCUUAUAAUUAUAAUUAUUAUAAUAAUAUAAUGACAUAU